CAGUGUUGCAACUCCAGUGUUUCAAGUACCUCUACACAGUCAUGCCUUUCUGUCCUGCAGCUGAUCUAAACGAUACGUUUCUUGCAAUUAUUUCCUGACGGCACAGGACCACGCGUUUGGCACUGCCAUUCUCCAUCCCCAUUGCUAACCUGGCAGCAGCCAAAGGGGCUGCAAGCGACCGCCGGGGAAAGGAACCGCACGGCGAAGCCUGCGGGAUGCACGCAGCUGCAGGGCCGUGACCCAGCUGCGCUCGCCCCGUUCCCAGCCGGGAUUCUCCACCCCGCUGGGUGGGAUCUCCCCGCUCCCCUUAAAGCGCAGCGGGCGGCAGGGCUCGGCUGCCCCACGAGUCGUUCGGAGGGACAGAUAUCUCUGUGCGUGGACGUGACACGGCUCUCGUCGUUCGUUCUAUGGCAGAACUUGAAGCCAGAGAAGCCUGUGCCUGGCUGCGGGCCGCCGGCUUUCCCCAGUAUGCACAGCUGUUUGAAGAUAUGCAGUUCCCUAUUGACAUAAGGAUUGUGAGGAAAGACCAUGAAUUUUUAGAUGGAGAUGCAAUCGAAUCACUGUUCAGACGGCUGAACACAUUGAAUAAGUGUGCCUUGAUGGAAGUGGAAAUAAACUGUCAGAGGAACCAGAGUGACGACUCUGAUGAUGAUGAACCUUGUGCAAUAAGUAAUAAAUGGGCGUAUGAGCGGUGCAGUCAGAAGUGGUUUCGCCUUGAGAGCCUAGAAGGUUCCACAGAAGGUGCUGGUGCAUCCCUCCCAGGCAGCCCAAUGCUGAAGAGCACUGGCAAUGAAAACAGAGACCUUUUGGACCAUGGUGACAAACACGAUGCGUCGUCAGUUCACAGCACUAGCAGCGGUGACAGUGAUGCUGUUAGCUCCCCGAAGUCUUUUGAAGACGUGGAAACCAGCCCGAGUUCCUCCAGUAGAGUUGCUUCACUGGAACCUGCCUUUAGUUGCUCACCUCCCUCCAGGGAAUGUUUAAAUGCCACCAACGAGAAGAAGCUUUGGGAUAAGUCACUGUACAAAAAGAGGAAGAGCCUUCUAAAGAAAAUGGAGAAGUUGCACUUACGGAGCAGCAACUUAAGGAGUGGUCAAUCAAAGGCCAAGCCCAUCAUAAGUGAACCCUUCCUUCUGGAAGGACUUAAUGAGGAGAAGAUGAAGAUGCUUAACUGUGUAAAUAUCGCCGACCUCCCUGGCAUCCAAACAAAGAACAAUUCUUCCUCUUCUCCUCCUAGCUGCAGUAGCAACAAUAAAUUUGAAAACAGCAGAACGGUGAGCACUGCCCGUCCUCUUAAAAAACCAGAAAGCUGCUGUGAAACAAAAGGGAGGUGUGCUGAGGACGUGGAGUCUGGCAAACUCCUGCUGUGGAGUGAUGUAUCUCAGGGAAAGCUAAACAAUGAAGUAGAGUUACAAACGAACCAGAUGUUUCAAGUACCACUUGGCCACAAACCUGGCACUUUCCCCAAAGCCCUUAUGAAAAGUCCCAUGUCUCCAGGAGAUGACUCUCCCAUCAGCUGGAGAACUGGUUGCAGAAGGAGCCGGAGCAGAAGCAAGUCCAAGGACUCCAAAGCCCCCAGCAGCCCCAUCUCACGCACGGAUAACAGGCUGAGUGUGUAUGACAACAUGCCUAAUGUUGAAUUGGAUAAGCUGGAGGCAGCACAAGUUGGAGAUGAUGAUGUUUUUUCAGAACUGAACAGUGUUAUAGAAGAUGUCAGGAGUCUCAGAAAGCUGGUUGAUCAGUGGACAGAGAAGUUCUCAGAUGAUGGGUAUUUGGACUUAUCCAGUGACUUAACGGCUCUGUAUCCAUCCUCACCUAAAGAAAUCUGUCUUGACACAGAGCACUCAGAAGUUAAGAGAGCAGCUGCGCUGUCCUCUGAAGGAGAGGACAGCUGUGAUCUGGGCAAGGAGCUCAGCUCUACAGACCUGGUGUUCGUAACAGACCCUACAGCGACCAACAGGCACAGGCAGCAACGUGAGUCUGUGGAAGACAGCAGGAACGUGGAGGGCUUUUCCGUGCAGGCUGACAGUCCGUCGGCCACCCAGCUGGCCAGGGCACAGAAGCUGGCAUUGCUGAAACUCACUGCUGUCAUGGACAGAUACUCCCCUUCCAGUAAGCAGGGCUGGAACUGGACUAUACCAAAGUCAAAAAAAAUAAACACCUCUGACUACAAGGACAAAAAUGUCUUUGGGGUCCCCUUGCUGCUGAACGUUCAGCGAACAAAUCACCCGCUGCCUAUGGGCAUCCUGCAGGCACUGGACUAUUUAAGAAGCCACUUUCUUGACCAGGUUGGCCUGUUCCGCAAAUCUGGUGUUAGAUCCAGGAUUCUGUCCUUAAGAGAAAUGAAUGAAACCAGCUCGAACAGUGUGUGCUACGAAGGGCAGUCGGCCUUCGAUGUGGCAGAUAUGGUGAAGCAGUAUUUCCGAGACCUUCCUGAGCCCAUAUUUACCAGCAGGCUCUGUGAAUCCUUCCUCCACAUCUACCAAUAUGUGCCGAAGGACCAGCAGCUGCAGGCUGUCCAGGCUGCUAUUCUCCUUCUGCCCAAGGAGAACCGGGAAGCCUUGAAAAUUCUCCUCUUCUUCCUAAGAGAUGUGGUCGCAUGUGUUGAGGAAAACCAAAUGACCCCAACCAACAUCGCUGUCUGUCUCGCCCCAUCGCUGUUUCACCUCAACACCCUCAGACGAGACAGUUCCUCCUCCUCCACUCGAUCGAGCCAGAGUAAGUGUAGCCUGGGCAAGCCGGACCAGAGGGAGCUGAGCGAGAACCUGGCAGCCACGCAGGGCUUGGCCCACAUGAUAACAGAGUGCAACAGGCUCUUCCAGACUGACUUCCCAGCUUGAUCUCGGGCCUUCCUUGUUAUUAUGGACUUUGCUGGCGCUCACUGGACUGGGACUUACACUGGCUGCUAUCACUGAGCCUGAGCCUGCCCUGUUGGCUGCUACCCCACCUCCUGGCUCACUCAGCACUCCUCACCACAGUUGUGCCUGAUGAUCUGCACUUGGGGCUGACCCUGUUUUCCACUGUUGUCUGCCAUACUCUCAGACCGAGCCAGAGAAGAGUUUGACCUCCUCUGUAGCUACAAAUGCAUAGCCCUAUCAGUUCACCAACACCUUCUGUGCAAUGAGCGCCCUGAGCACUGACCCUGCACUGAGUUGAGGACUGUCAAAGACACCCUUGAACAUCAGCACUGAUUCAACAGAAGCCACUCCUUCCCCACCACUUACCUUUGCAGUGGAGACUCAGAGGUCAUUGCAUGAUUGAAGUGACUCCCUCCACCCUCAACUCACCUGAUACGUGUGAAGGCAUACAGCAAAUACGCAGCUGUAUUUCCUCGGUCAUCCAGCAUCUUGUCGAAGGAGAACACGUAGUCAUUCAGUCUGUUGUGGGAGAGAUCUGCGUACUUAAUGCACCCAAAAGCGACUGACACCUGGGCAGCCUUCAGCUCUUCUGGCGUGAGGACCUAUUACAGUUUCAAAGCAGGUAAUGAUCAAAAGGAGGAAAGCUGCGGUGCAUCAAAACGCCCAACAGCUUGCAUGACAAGCUCAGGGGGUUUUACCCCCAUCCAUGCUCUCAGGCCUGCAUGCACAUAGUGUACCCUCUGUUCCUGCAGGCUUGCCUCCCACAUAACAUCUAACCAUCUGCCACCAUGCAGGUUGACUUUCGCACUGCGCUCCCACUUCUCACAACCUGUGCAGACAGAGAGUACACACUGUGCUCUGAAAUGCCCUUACAUAGCAUUCUGGAUCAGCCAAACCCUCAAAGAGCGCCUCUAUGGUACAACUGCAAGCUGUCAGCAAGGCCCAGUGGUUUGUACCUACGUUGUAUGAGGCCGUGAGAGAUCGUCGUCGUGUUUCCAUUUGAAAGCGAGCUUUCAGCACAGCAUGAAGAGCCAUGCUUCCUGAUUCCAUUGCCUCAAACAGUGCUCAGACCAUUUGAUCCUUCUGUUCCAUUCUGUGGCCUACCCUGUCCAGGUCUCCUCAGGCCAUCAGAAUCCAAGACAGAAGAAAUGUUUUUAAGCAGUCUGCAGUUUGUACCUCGCUGCUAUGUAUCCAGGGUUGCUCUCCUUUUUCCAAGACAGCACCAUGUCCAAUUGUUCACAAGUAGCAGUACCAAUUUUGUAUUAAAGCCACAGCAACCCCCAUGCAGCCUGGCUGCAUCCAUAGUCUCAGCACACAUUCAAAAUGCUGAAGUUAUACACCUGUGAACAAAUCUGUGUGGUUCCCUGGAAAGAUUAGCUACCUUGUCCCGUUCCUUGUCUUUCAGCUUGUCCAUAGCCCGUUUCAGCCCUUCUUCCAGAAGAUCCAUAAGACGUACUGCAUCCCCUGAACGAGUUUUGAACUUCUUCCUGAAAACAUACACAGCCAAAAUGACCACUUACACAUGAGGCAAAACACUCCCAGGAAUUUUCACUGCCAACAUCUCUGAUCCAUUAAAAAAAACACAUACCCCCACAUUGCUUUGUCCUGAAGUACUGGGCACCAGACGGCCAAACCUAAUAAAAAGUGUAGGAAUCUAACAAUAUACAUGGGAAAAGGUGGGAGUGGAGGAGGGAAGGGUCCAACAGCCAGAACUGUCCCAACAUCAAGCAGGACACAAUGCCAGUGCAAGACUCGAAUCCAGCAAGGCAUCUUUGCUUCUGUAACAAGCACACAGCAAAACCCAUGCAACACUAUGUGACUGCAGUACACACUGGUUUAACUUAACUGAGUGCAACUUAACUGAGACACAAGACCAACUCUGCACACCAGAACACUGGUGUUCUUUUCCCAACUUGUAUUCCAUCUUCUUCAGGGCACACAGAAAAUAAGGACAUCAUAGCCUCCACCAUUGCCAGCUCCAGUGUUUGCAUUACCUUCCUCUGCAUUUCUACCAGCCAAGUCACAGCCCUCUCCCCAAAUACGAGGCAGCAAAAGCCAUACCUGACUUCACCACUACUGUCUAUGUGUAUCGAAGGGCCCUGAUGUGCGAAAUCACAUACGUACUUGUCAAUAAACAAGCAAAAGUCUUCUGCACUCAAUCAAACAUCCGCUUCAGAGCACGUUCAGAGGAAAAAACAUACGUCUAGAGACUUACUUGUCUUCUCCCAACACCACUCCGAAUGCAGCAUGAGUGAUUCUGGUUACUGUGGGGUCAUACCAGCCAAUCAUCUGCCCAGCUGCAAACACGGUUUGCAAAUGCACCGACUGCAAGGAAGAAAUACCAACAACCAGUUCUCAACCCACUCUUCUGGGAAUGGCUUUCUUGUCACUUUCACGGCCUUUAAAAUGUUCCUUUGCAACGUGACUUUAAAUGUAUUUAGCUCCACAGAAACUUUCCCCUUCAGAAAGUUUAACCUGGCAGAACUUGCUGGGCUUACAAAAGCAGCAAACUUACAUCACUGCUCAGAUACGGCACUGACAAUCCCGCAUUUCCUCAGGUAAGAAGAGACAUAGGUUAUACACAGUGCAUCUCUCUAUGAGAUUUAGGCUCAGCAUAUCUCCAGUGGUGACUGUGCUUCUCUCACCACUUCAUUCCAGGGCUGUACGCAGAGGCCACCAGCCAGCACAUCAGAUUCACCAUUACACCACUAAGGUCAAAAGCCCAUACAGCACAGGGAAGACCCUACAGAGGAGUUCUAUUUACCUUAUUGUCGUGCUUGUUAUUUACGAGAUUUCUGAUUAGCUGUAUCAGCAGAGACAGGAGAGACUGACAUACUCACCUGGCCACUGUCGACAACAUAGAUAAGGAUAUCGCCCUUCUCUUCAAGCAGCCUGUGUCUAAGUGCAGCCAAGUCAGACGUGUCGUAUGUGUAACCUCCAUCUGACUUCACGAUUGUCAGCGGGACAGAGAAACCUGGCACAAAGACAACCUUCCGGCCAUCAUCCACCUGGACAAAGCCUAGGAAAGCAAUGGAAUACUGCACUGUGUCAUAUCUCAUGGGGAGGCUGUGGGACACGAUAGGCAGAAACGGCUCCUGUUCCGAUGCUAUCAGAACAAAAAGUCCAUGCACGUGCAUUAAUAAAUACUUAACAUCUCAAAACAUGAACAAAAUCAAACACUAAGCCUAAAUGAGAACUCCCUCAACAGCCAAGUCAGAUUUUGUGUUGCACUUCCAGAACGCAAGACCAGGUACAAAAAGCAGAUCUGUACCACUCUGGUUUUUCCAGAAGAGACUUAGUUGGAUUUAAAACCCCACAUCAUUGGCAUCCAGAGCUACCUUUGCAGCUGCAAAAAUAGCAUUACAAAGGAAGGCACAAAAGGCAAUGGAAGCUCUACAGAGAUGCACAAUGUAUUUAGAAAGUAAGGCUAGUUAGAACAAUACAGAUGGUGAGACUCAAGAAAUGCAAAAUCUAAAUAGAAACACGUAAAAUUCUAAACUCAUUACAGUCCACUUGGCUUCCUGUGUGCAUCUCAGCGUCAAUGCGAACCAAAAGUGUCACUGCCUUCACAGAGAAAAUUUCUCUGAUGCAAAGUCUCCUACAGUCACAACACUAAAAAAGAUACGCUGGUGAAAAUAAAAUGAACUUCAGUAGUGCUUCGUGCUAUUUCCAACAAAUAUCCCCCACAAACUAUUUUUGCUGUCAGCAGAAAAGAUUUGAUCUUUCUGGAGUGAUAUUGAGAUAUAUAUAUAUAUAUAUAUAUAUACAUCUAUAAAAAUAAUGAGUUCUGCCCAUGCCUCCUUGGGAGGAAAUUCCACAAAAGACCCACUCCAAAAUUCCUGCUGAGAAAAAGAGCAAAGUGCAGAGAACGUGCACCCCUCUGAACAUCAGUUCCAAGCCUCAGAGGCUAGGAGUGAAGUUACCUCUUGUGCUGAUCUGCACCAUUGUUGAUUCCAAGGCAAAAAGCCUCACCUUUAUCUUCAAAUUCUUUCACUAUGUCUUUCAUCAUAUCCUGGUAGAACGACUCCCCUCUCUCUGUGAGUGUGACGUCCAGGCAGUUGUAGAUUUUCUGGAACUCUUCAGGAAGAAAACAAAUAGAAAAUAAUUUCAAUAAAUCAUACAGUGGAAAUUUUAGUAGCAUAUAUUUACUAACAAACACAGCAAAUCCCUAAAUAUGUUUUCUAUCUCUUGGUCAAGCUACUAGAGAAGGACUCAGACUAGACCCAGGAAACAAUGGCUUUAGUUGAACUCCUCUGCAGACAGGCCAGUUCCUUGGCUGCUUUAUCCUUUUUCUCUAAACUUGUUGCAGCAUGGUGGCAGUGAUUUCAUUAAAAAAAAACUAGAGGAUGGUGAGAAAAACCACACCAUCCUAGUGCUGAGCUACGCCUGUGAAUGUGGCGGUCACCUUUCCGAGACACGUCGCAGAUCAGCUCCCACGCUUUAAUGAAGUCAGGGUCUUUGCUCUGCAGCAGCACCACACAUUGGUAGGCUCGCUUCUUAAAUUCCUCCUCCGUGUCAAAUCUCCUCUUGGAUUCCUAUGGUAAAACACGCCGCAUGAAAAAAGCACCUGGUUUUUCCCUCAAAAAAAAGAGUAGAACACCCACAACGCACUCCCAAAGCACGAUCAUCUCAGAACACAGCACCUUCAAUCAUACUCCUCGUGGACAACUCGAGACCAGAUACUGUAAUUCAUUCAUUAUCCACUGAUAGGUAAUUGCAAUCAUCUAUUACCUGAACCUGCUUCUCAGCUGUUGACAUAAAUAUCACAAUUGUUUGCCACAAAUACCUUGUAAAAAGCUUGGAGAUCCCCAAUGGGAGGAGAAACGGUUAAGUAAUCUGGAAAUUUGUCUUGCAGGUGAGCAAUGAGCAUUCCGAACUGGGUGCCCCAGUCUCCUAAAUGGUUUAACCU